AGGACUUCGCCGAGUGGUGACGUUUCCUCAUUGGGCGGAAGGUUCGGUGGCAUUCGUCGGUCUUCCAGCUGGUGGGAGUUGGCGUCGCGGUGCUGGGCGCUGUGGGCCCCUCGUUCGGAUAGUUGGGGGAGUUAGGUUGUGGGCCGUUCUUGUCUGUCUACUCCGAGCUUUCCUGGUGUUCCUCCCACGGCAGGGGGCCGCUCGAAGGAAUCCCCGGCCCCUUAGGGCCACGGCGUUAUCGGUGCCUUGUGAGUGUUCUCAAUAAGCCCACCUUAAAGCCUCAAGAUGGUUCUGGCAGACCUUGGAAGAAAAAUAACAUCAGCAUUACGCUCACUGAGCAAUGCCACCAUUAUCAAUGAAGAGGUGUUAAAUGCUAUGCUAAAGGAAGUAUGUACAGCAUUAUUGGAAGCGGAUGUUAACAUUAAACUAGUGAAGCAACUAAGAGAAAAUGUUAAGUCUGCUAUUGAUCUCGAAGAAAUGGCAUCUGGACUUAACAAAAGAAAAAUGAUUCAGCAUGCUGUAUUUAAAGAACUUGUGAAGCUUGUAGACCCUGGAGUUAAAGCAUGGACACCUACCAAAGGAAAACAGAAUGUGAUCAUGUUUGUUGGAUUGCAAGGGAGUGGUAAAACUACAACAUGUUCAAAGUUAGCAUAUUAUUACCAGAGGAAAGGUUGGAAGACCUGUUUGAUAUGUGCGGAUACAUUCAGAGCAGGGGCUUUUGACCAACUAAAACAGAAUGCUACCAAAGCAAGAAUUCCAUUCUAUGGAAGCUAUACAGAAAUGGAUCCUGUUAUCAUUGCUUCUGAAGGAGUAGAGAAAUUCAAAAAUGAAAAUUUUGAAAUUAUAAUUGUUGACACAAGUGGCCGCCACAAACAGGAAGACUCUUUGUUUGAAGAAAUGCUUCAAGUUGCUAAUGCUAUACAACCUGAUAACAUUGUUUAUGUGAUGGAUGCUUCCAUUGGGCAGGCUUGUGAAGCCCAGGCUAAGGCUUUUAAAGAUAAAGUAGAUGUAGCAUCAGUAAUAGUAACAAAACUUGACGGUCAUGCAAAAGGAGGUGGUGCACUCAGUGCAGUUGCUGCCACAAAAAGUCCAAUUAUUUUCAUUGGUACAGGGGAACAUAUAGAUGACUUUGAGCCUUUCAAAACACAACCUUUCAUCAGCAAACUUCUCGGGAUGGGUGAUAUUGAAGGACUGAUAGAUAAAGUCAAUGAGUUGAAGUUGGAUGACAAUGAAGCACUGAUAGAGAAGUUGAAACAUGGUCAGUUUACGUUACGAGACAUGUAUGAACAAUUUCAAAACAUCAUGAAAAUGGGCCCCUUCAGUCAGAUCUUGGGGAUGAUCCCUGGUUUUGGAACAGAUUUUAUGAGCAAAGGAAAUGAGCAGGAGUCAAUGGCAAGGCUGAAGAAAUUAAUGACGAUAAUGGAUAGUAUGAAUGAUCAAGAACUGGACAGUACAGAUGGUGCCAAGGUUUUUAGUAAACAACCAGGAAGAAUCCAAAGAGUUGCAAGAGGAUCAGGUGUGUCAACAAGGGAUGUUCAAGAACUUUUAACACAAUAUACCAAGUUUGCACAGAUGGUAAAAAAGAUGGGUGGUAUCAAAGGACUUUUCAAAGGUGGUGACAUGUCUAAAAAUGUAAGCCAGUCACAGAUGGCAAAAUUGAAUCAACAAAUGGCCAAAAUGAUGGAUCCAAGAGUUCUUCAUCACAUGGGUGGUAUGGCAGGACUUCAGUCCAUGAUGAGGCAGUUUCAACAGGGUGCUGCUGGCAAUAUGAAAGGCAUGAUGGGAUUCAAUAAUAUGUAAAGAUGCCUUACUAUAAACUGACUGAGUUGAUUGCAUUAUUUGCUGAGACCUCAGUUUCCCUUCUUUUUGCAAAUGGGGGGAGAAAAAAGAGUAUUUUUCUUAACUUUCUUUUUUGCCUUUAUCUGUCCUCCUCUACUUUUUUCUUCCAUUCUUCUUUCCCCUUGUUCCUCCCUCCCUUUCAUAUAAGGGAAGAAUAUAUGGUUUUUGUGGAAAUCAUAUUUUUGGUUUAGAUUUUCUUCUUAGUUUUCACCAUAAUAAUACUUCUUAAGUUAAUCAAAUCAUGAUGUAAAAUUUUAGUACUUAAAGGUUUUUAAUUGUCUGAGAAGACCAAGCAUUACAUUUGUAAACAGUCCUGGACAGUAGUUACAUGAUAUCUAAAUAAAAAUGCUGUAAAAUAAAAGUGGUUAUAAGUUAA